UUCAUGCAGGCAAUGCAAAAUGGUCAUUCUGACAUUCUGUACAAACUACGUGACAAUGCCCAUGAAAUCUUUGGGCUACCAAAGAACCACUUCCUGCCAGUUGUAUCUUGUCUCAAAGUUCCUGAAAUCAUCAAGAUGCUUGGUGUUAAUGAUGUGGGCACUCCUAACCAAUGCUUCACCAUCUGGUUCCCUUUUCUGUUCAAGGACAUGAAAGUUGAUGUGUGCAAAACAUUCAUGAACUGGAAGCCACUCGCUCUGGUGGAAAAGAUUUUGAAGGGAGCACUGUGGGGCAAGAUGUCCCUCACAGAAGGCUUUGUUCAUCAUGGUGGGCCAAGGACAAAUGGGCAGAAAUGGAAGGUCACUGUGGUGACACCAGGGUCUAUUGCAUGGGUGGCCACAUGUAUGUUUCUACUUUCACCCAACAAAGAGUUCCCAGGGAAUGGCUGCAGACAAAUCUCAAAAAUUGACUACUAUCAAGUGUUCCGCACAUACAAACAAGUGCUUAUCAGCAAGUGGAUGGGUCAUCACAUCCAGAACAUUGUUGCAGAGAUGAAUCACUUUGUGUUUGGGAAUCCCAAUGGGGCUACCAAGUCCAAGACCAGUGUGAUGGAGGACCUGUCUGCAGAGAUCAAUGCUGCCAUGGCAGCAAUGGAUGCCACUGUGUUGUCAGAUGAUGAUACAGAU